AUGUCGCGAAAAGUCGUUCUAGUGACUGGUUGUUCACGAGGCGGGAUUGGCUUUUAUUUAUGUGAGCGCUUUGCCGAGGAGGGAUGUACCGUGUAUGCCACAUCUCGUAGACUGGAGAAGAUGGACGGCUUCAAGCAUCCGGUGGAAAAGCGUGUCAUGGAUGUGACUAGCGAUGACGAUGUAAAAUCCGUCGUGCAGUCUAUUCUGGAUGAACAGGGGAAAAUCGAUAUCCUUGUGAACAAUGCUGGUGCUAUUUCCAUUGGUUUGUCAAGACCGUUGCUUGAUGUGUCGUUAGACCAGGCUAGAAAGGCUUUUGAGACCAACACUUUCUCUGUCUUGCGGGUUGCACAGGCAGUCGCACCCUCCAUGGUGGAGCGCAAACAAGGGCUUAUCGUCAACAUCGGGUCAGUUGCUGGAAACAUCCCUACUCCAUGGAACGGAUUAUACUGCGCAGCCAAGGCGGCGGUUCGUGCGCUCAGUGACGUUCUGGCCAUGGAAUGCAAGCCCUUCGGUGUCAAAGUGAUGCUGGUAGCACCAGGCCAAGUACGGUCGAAUAUCACUGCUAACCAGGCAGCCACCCUUGAAUUAUCCUCCACAUCCAUUUUCAAACCUUACUUCGAACGGGUGUACGAACGCUUGAAUGGCAGCCAAUCCGAAGGGAGCAUGCCCACCGAUGAAUUUGCACGCCGUGUUGUUGCCAAAGUGCUGAGUCCUAGUCCUCCAAGUUAUAUGACACUUGGGGGUUUGUCCCGUAUUUUCGGAUUCUUUCACUGGCUCCCUCAUUGGCUUGUCCUCUGGAUUGUGGGAUGGAUGAUGGUGAAGAAGACCUGA